CGCACUCUCACCGAUCGAUAGCAUUUCCUGCGCCUGCAGCCCCUCCCUGAGCCCUCUCCCUGAGCCCCGCUCUGCCGCCAUGUCGUACGCCAGAAGAGAAGAAGACGGGAAGGACAUCAUUGUCUUUGUCACCAAGGAGGACUCGGACCGCGCCUUUUCGUCCAAGAGCGACAGCCAGGUCUCCACCAAAGACGAGUCGUCCUCCGACCUCGAAUCCAGCCAGAAGGCCGCCUACAACCCCGAGACGGGCGAGAUCAAUUGGGACUGCCCGUGCCUUGGCGGCAUGACCAAGCCUCCGUGCGGCGAGACCUUCAAGGCCGCGUUCUCGUGCUUCGUCUAUUCAACCACCGAGCCCAAGGGCAUUGAUUGCAUCGAGCAGUUCCAAGCCAUGCAGUCCUGCUUCAGAGAAUACCCGGAUAUCUAUGGGGCCGAGCUGGCUGACGACGACGACGAAAGCGCCGCUGCACCAAAGGCAGACUCUAAGGCUUCGACUGAUCAGUAAACUGCGGUCAUGGCCGGAAUGUCAGCCAGCUUCAUCGUGCCAUUCGCUGUGACUCGAUCCCAGGGGCAGUGUUCCCCAGCCAGGCCGCCCGACCGGCACAUCCACGGACCAAACCAUGACGGCGCUGUGGCUCUGGCACUCCCCGGCUAUCCGCUUCCUGCUUGGGCCGACCGUUAAUAUUUUUGUUGUUGCUGUUGAGAGGGCUGGUUGUACACGGCCCUUUGUAAUUCGCACUGGCUGGUUCCCGCCGUCUGCCCUCAUCCACGAGCACCCAUUUGCUGUCCCAGUCCUCCGAGCACGUAACUUGAAUACACCACGGUUGCUCCAGCCCGUUGCCUGUCGGCGAAAGUGCCCCAUGAGGACCGCCCCUGGUGCUGGGCUUGGCUCUGCAGCAUCGUCCACGUGAUCCGGCUGUUCCACCCGG